AUGGAGUUUGACGGAGCCUCCAAGGGCAACCCGGGGCGGGCAGGGGCGGGCUCUGUGCUGUGGGAUGAGCGCGGUAACGAGGUGAGACAGGGGGGCAACCCGGGGCGGGCAGGGGCGGGGUCUGUGUUGUGGGAUGAGCGUGGCAACGAGGGCAACCCGGGGUGGGCAGGAGCGGGCUCUGUGCUGUGGGAUGAGCGUGGCAACGAGUUGCUGUGCAUGAGGGAGGGCGUGGGACACGGCACGUGCAACAUGGCAGAGUAUCGCGCGUUCAUAGGGGGCGUGGAGUUGGCGUUGGCUCUUGGCAUUACUCGGUUGCACGUGCAAGGGGACUCCAUGCUCGUUGUCAUGCAGGUGCAGAACAAGUGGAAGGUGAACGCGGAGAUGUUGAGGGAGCCGUGCAGGCAAGCAGAGCAGCUGGUGUGCCGGUUCAGAGAGAUUGCCAUCCGCCAUGUGCCCAGGGAGUGCAACCAGUUGGCGGAUCGUCUCUCCAAUGAGGCGGUGCCUCUCGCAGGCUGGCACGACAGCUCAAGCACACUUGAGCUGCACAGUAUAUUAGGCCUCCCUACACUUAGCAGUGACUUGGAUUGUUCCUCUCGACCUUUUUCCUACGUCUGCCACCUGUGUGCCAUGCCAAUCUGCCACCUGCCACCUGUGUGCCAUGCCAAUCUGCCACCUGCCACCUGUGUGCCAUGCCAAUCUGCCACCUGCCACCUGUGUGCCAUGCCAAUCUGCCACCUGCCACCUGUGUGCCAUGCCAAUCUGCCACCUGCCACCUGUGUGCCAUGCCAAUCUGCCACCUGCCACCUGUGUGCCAUGCCAAUCUGCCACCUGCCACCUGUGUGCCAUGCCAAUCUGCCACCUGCCACCUGUGUGCCAUGCCAAUCUGCCACCUGCCACCUGUGUGCCAUGCCAAUCUGCCACCUGCCACCUGUGUGCCAUGCCAAUCUGCCACCUGCCACCUGUGUGCCAUGCCAAUCUGCCACCUGCCACCUGUGUGCCAUGCCAAUCUGCCACCUGCCACCUGUGUGCCAUGCCAAUCUGCCACCUGCCACCUGUGUGCCAUGCCAAUCUGCCACCUGCCACCUGUGUGCCAUGCCAAUCUGCCACCUGCCACCUGUGUGCCAUGCCAAUCUGCCACCUGCCACCUGUGUGCCAUGCCAAUCUGCCACCUGCCACCUGUGUGCCAUGCCAAUCUGCCACCUGCCACCUGUGUGCCAUGCCAAUCUGCCACCUGCCACCUGUGUGCCAUGCCAAUCUGCCACCUGCCACCUGUGUGCCAUGCCAAUCUGCCACCUGCCACCUGUGUGCCAUGCCAAUCUGCCACCUGCCACCUGUGUGCCAUGCCAAUCUGCCACCUGCCACCUGUGUGCCAUGCCAAUCUGCCACCUGCCACCUGUGUGCCAUGCCAAUCUGCCACCUGCCACCUGUGUGCCAUGCCAAUCUGCCACCUGCCACCUGUGUGCCAUGCCAAUCUGCCACCUGCCACCUGUGUGCCAUGCCAAUCUGCCACCUGCCACCUGUGUGCCAUGCCAAUCUGCCACCUGCCACCUGUGUGCCAUGCCAAUCUGCCACCUGCCACCUGUGUGCCAUGCCAAUCUGCCACCUGCCACCUGUGUGCCAUGCCAAUCUGCCACCUGCCACCUGUGUGCCAUGCCAAUCUGCCACCUGCCACCUGUGUGCCAUGCCAAUCUGCCACCUGCCACCUGUGUGCCAUGCCAAUCUGCCACGUUCUUCCUACAUCUGCCCCAUCACCGCCAGCCGCUGGUUCGCUUCGCUGCACCCACUCAUGAGGGGGGAAGGCAGCGAUUACAUUAUGCUCCCUUCCCUCUUCAAUUGAGACCCAUAUUGAGAAUGGGGCAAUGGGGCAGUGGGCCAGUGGGGCAGUGGGUAAGUGGGGCAGUGGAGCAGUGGGUAAGUGGGGCAGUGGAGCAGUGGGUAAGUGGGGCAGAGUGGGGCAGAGUGGGGCAGUGGGGCAGUGGGGCAUUGGGGCAUUGGGGCAGUGGGACAGUGGGGCCAUCAAGCAUCAAAGCACUAGUCGUUCGUGCCUUCCAUGCUCUUCCUUCCUCAUUAAUGCCAUCUACUGCUUAUACUGUGCAACAGCAGCACAGACCAGCACCCUCGCAACUCUAA